AGUAAUGUAUACAUUUGUAUUAAACGUCAAAUUAUCAUUUAGCAGAAUAUGUGCAAUUGAAAUACAUUAAAUUAGUUUAUAGUGAAAUAUUUGUGGUGGUAUUCAUGCUGCUGGGGCUGAUUUAAUGGCUGGAGUUUAGCAGUUUUGUCCCCGCACUGACGUCACAGGGCGACUUUAAUGGCCCUGCAGUUACAAUGCAGUUUAAUUAGAAGGGAAACAAUUAAACAAUCUCAAACACUGUAUAUAUGUGGCAAAGAUCUCAGGGUUGCGACAUGUCUUGGGCGGUGAAACGGUACACCAGAGUGCUCUGCUGCACUAGAGUGCUGACCUGCAGGGGUGUACAAACUUUUAAGAGUGAAAACAGAUCUAGCAAAUGUCUCCGGAGAGUGGUUGUUACCGGAAUUGGACUUGUGUCUCCGUUAGGGACGGGGACGUCUCUGCCCUGGGAGCGUCUGAUCGCUGGAGAGAGUGGGAUAGUGGGCCUGGACCCGGACGAGUACAAAGCAGUUCCGUGUAAAGUAGCUGCUCGGGUUCCUCGAGGACAUGCUGAGGGAGAGUUCAACGAAGAAAUGUUUGCUUCCCGGGCCGAGAGAAACGGCAUGUCUCAGGCCACGGUGAUGUCCCUCGGCGCUGCUCAGCUGGCCCUGCAGGACUCUGGGUGGUAUCCCAGAACCCCAGAGGAGCAGCUAAGCACAGGGGUGGCUGUAGGUAUGGGCAUUGUGCCAUUGGAGGAGAUCGCUAGCACGGCCUCUGCAUUUCAGACACGUGGCUACAGCAAAGUCAGUCCCUUCUUCGUCCCUCGCAUCUUGGUCAACAUGGCCGCCGGUCACAUCAGCAUCAAGCACAAGCUGAAAGGACCCAACCAUGCCGUGUCCACUGCCUGCACCACAGGGGCUCACGCCAUCGGAGAUGCUUCCCGCUUCAUCAGCCAUGGAGAUGCCACGGUGAUGCUCGCCGGUGGAACCGAGGCAUGCGUAGGCCCCCUGGCUAUAGCCGGCUUCACACGCGCCAGGGCUUUGAGCACCAGCUGGAACGACCAGCCUAAGCUGGCAUCUCGACCCUUUCACCCAGAGCGAGAAGGAUUUGUAAUGGGCGAAGGAGCAGCCAUGCUGGUUUUAGAGGAGUAUCAGCAUGCUGUUGAGAGAGGAGCUCGGGUUUACGCUGAGGUGCUGGGAUACGGACUCUCAGGAGACGCCAGUCACAUCACGGCCCCUUCCGCAGACGGAGACGGGGCUUUCAGGUGCAUGUCCGCCGCUCUGCGUGACGCCGGUUUGUCGGCGUCAGACGUGACCUACGUGAACGCUCAUGCCACGUCCACGCCGCUGGGAGACGCUGCGGAGAACGUCGCCGUAAAGAGACUCUUUCAGAAGCACUCGCAGUCUCUCGCCAUUUCCUCCACCAAAGGGGCUACGGGACAUCUUCUGGGAGCAGCCGGCGCCCUGGAGGCAGCGUUCACUGCUCUCGCAUGCUACCACGCAAUCCUGCCUCCCACUCUGAACCUGGACCGAACAGAGCCCGGGUUUGACCUGAACUACGUGCCCUGUGCUGCUCAGCCCUGGAGGACUGGAGGCAGGAGGGUCGCCCUCACUAACUCGUUUGGCUUCGGAGGCACGAACGCCUCGCUGUGUCUGGCCAGUGUGUGAGAUUUUACAGAUAUUGUGGUGCCUCGUGCCAUGAUGAAGAAUCAGUGUUAUUCACUUCAUCGCUCAUAAUGUUGUAAUGUCAUGCCUGAUCAGUGUAUAUGUAUUAAAUCAUAGUGUAUAAAUAAUAAAUAUGAAG